AUACUUGUUGUGACUAAUUAGACCGCCUGUAUUUGCGUCUUCUCAAAGAGGGGGGGCAAAUAUGGCGAAACAAAAAAUUGCAGUGAUCAGCGUUUGUUCGAUUUUGUUGUUAGCCAUGGUGGUUGCCGUGACUUUCACCUCGAGCGGCGAGAAUAGUGAGAAUAGUGAUGAUACUAAUACCAAAAGCGCAAUGGGAGUAACGACGUCCCAGAAGGCAAUUAAAGACAUUUGUCGCCCUGCGGAUUUUAAAGAGACUUGUGAAACGAAGCUGACCGCUGAGGCUGGCAAUACCACGGACACGAAGGAUUUGAUUAAGGCUGCUUUUAGAGUUACUGAGAAAGAAAUACGCGAAGCGAUGCAGAAGUCUCCUACUAUUCAGAAUGCUGCGAAAGAUCCAAGUACGGCUGAUGCAUUUAAGAUAUGUAAGGAGGUUUUGGGGAAUGCUAUUGAUGAUCUGUAUCGGUCUUUUGAGAAAUUUAAUAUUUCGGAUAUUGAGAAGUGGGAUGAUUAUGCUUUUGAUCUUAAGAUAUGGUUGUCGGGAACUGUGGCAAUGCAAGAGACUUGUUUGGAGGGGUUUAAGGACACAGAAGGUGAUUCGGGAAAGAAAAUGGCGGAGUUGUUAGAGACGUCGAAAGAGCUGACAGUUAAUGCACUGGCUAUUAUAGAUGAUCUGUGCAAAGCCUAUGAGAAGUUAACUACAGGAUCUAAACGGAAACUUCUUUCUGUUGAGGAGUGCGUCGUUGAGGGGAGGCGGGAGCUUCUUUCUAACAGAAAAUACGGUGUUGAGGAGACCGUAUACACAAGGCGCACUCUCCAGCAGUCUCUUGGGGCACCUGUCGGGGCUCCAGCUGGGGCGUCUGGACCAGCUGCCGGGGCCCCGGCUGCUGGAGCACCUACUGGGGCGUCUGGACCAGCUGCUGCUGGAGCACCAGCUACCGGGGCGUCUGGACCAGCUACUGGGGCACCAGCUACUGGGGCAUCUGGACCAGCUGCUGGGGCAUCUGGACCAGCUGCCGGGGCCCCAGCUGCGGGAGCACCAGCUGCUGGGGCGUCUGGACCAGCUGUCGGGGCCCCAGCUGCUGGAGCACCUGCUGGGGCCCCAGUUGCUGGAGCACCUGCCGGGGCAUCUGGACCAGCUUCUGGAGGAACUGCUUCACCUUUUGGUUCACCUACCGGGGCACCUGCAGGGGCACCUUCUUCAAUUCAUUCACCUACUGGGGCACCAGAAGUUGUGCCGGUGGUGGCCGCACCCCCGGCUCCACCUCCAGACCUAACGCAACCUAAUGCUGUUGUUGCUCAGGACGGUUCAGGAACCUUUAAAACUAUAGAUGCAGCCCUGCAGGCUAUGCCUCCCGGGAAUACAAAGCGCUAUGUUAUUCAUGUCAAAGCUGGCGUUUACCAAGAAUACAUUCGAAUCAACAACACACAGACCAAUGUUGUAUUGGUUGGUGAUGGACCAACGCAAACCAAAAUUACUGGUAACAAGAGCGUUAUUCUCGAUCAUCUCAAGACAUAUCAUACAGCAACCGUCGGAGUUGAUGGAUUUGGAUUUGUUGCCAGAGACAUAGGCUUUGAGAACACUGCAGGAACGGGAGGGGAACAAGCUGUUGCGCUACGUGUUUCCUCUGAUCAAGCCGCCUUUUACAACUGCAAAAUUGAUGGUUUCCAAGACACUCUCUACGCUCAUGUCCACCGUCAAUACUAUCGUGAUUGUACCAUCUCAGGCACAAUUGAUUUCAUCUUCGGAGACGCUGCAGCACUCUUCCAGAACUGCACCCUUGUGGUCAGAAAACCAGGUGUAAACCAGGCCAACAUGGUCACAGCUCAAGGCCGUAAAUUUGAUUACGAGCCUACCGGAUUUGUCCUCCAAAACUGUAAAUUCACAGGAGAGCCUGAUUACUUAGCUGCUGCUGCAACAUUCAAAUCCUACCUCGGGAGGCCCUGGAAAGAUUACGCAAAAACAAUGGUUUUGUACUCAAAUAUUGAAUCUGUAAUCGAUCCUACAGGCUGGCAACCAUGGCCACCAAAUCUAUACAUUGACACUUGCUGGUAUGCUGAAUUCGGGAACACUGGACCUGCUGCAGCUACUACGAGCAGAGUAACAUGGCAAGGUAUUAAGCAUGUUGCAAAGGAAGAAGCUGAAACUUACGUACCAGGAAAAUUCCUUCGAGGCGACGACUGGAUUCCUGCAACUGGGGUGCCGUAUACUUCUGGGGUCAUGCCGGCUGCCUGAUAGUUUAUAAUGCCUUAACGGAAUUAUGUACAUAGAUUGUUCCCAGAGUACUCAGAACAUCUGAGACCAAGUUUUGUGUGGAAAAUUUGUGGCCAACAUUACAACUAUGUUGUGCUUAAAUUCCAUCUUAGCUUGUGCCAACUUGUAACAAGUUGGUGUAUACUGUAUAUUAGUGUUAGGAACAUUUUCAUUUUCCCCUUUUAUUCAUCAAUUAUGUAUAAUAAUUGUAUAAAUAUAUAAAACACAGUUUUGCAAGUCCC